AUGCGCUUCUUUGUCUUCAACGGGCCGCCAUUUUACAUUGCGAUGCUAAACCAGAAAACUGGAUGGUACUAUGCUCAGUCGCUUAAUAACUGUUAUAAGGUAAUCACUGAAACGGGCGGAAUCACACAACAACAAGGCGAUGCUUUGUGCAAAUCGUCUAGUGGUCAAUUGGCAUCAAUUCACUCGGCUGAGGAGAAUCGAAUUGUUAGCGAGCUGUCAAGCAUUGGUCAAGUGCAGACUAACUAUCAAACGCUCACAGGAGGAAUCAGAACCGGAGUCAAUCCAAUUACUUAUGGAUGGUCGGACGGAACCCCAUUCGACUAUCAAAACUGGGCUACAACUCAGCCGGAUAAUAGAAAUAAUGCUCAAGCUUGUCUACAGAUCUGGGCGUCAAACAACACAAAUUUGGAUUUCCGGUCAUUCAUUCAGAAAUGGGAUGAUGUUGAGUGUGGAGCGAAAUUCUUGAACGUUAUUUGCAAGAUCACAUUGGGCGGAGGAGGAAAAACGACUCCAUCAAAUGGGAAACAUUGUGGUGGCCGUACAACCGCUAAACCGUUGUCCAAUUGUCCCUCGGACUGGAUUUAUUUGCAAGAAACUGGAAACUGCUACAGGGCAGUGACGCAAGCUGGAGGAGUCGACUAUGAACAAGCCGAUGCUUUAUGCAAAUCAAAUGGUGGCCAACUUGUGUCCAUUCAUUCCGAUAAAGAAAAUGAACUUGUUUAUGAGCUUUCGACAAUGGGUCAAGUGAACACACUCUACCAUACGCUGAUUGGCGGAGUGAAAAUCGGAGCUGGGCAAAAUGAUUUUGGUUGGAGUGACGGGUCGCCGUUUGAUUACCAAAACUGGGCCCCAACACCUGAUGCUCGAAGUUGUAUACAAAUGUGGAGUUCAAAUUACACGGGACUUGCCGGCUUUGACUUCAACCCGUACAUCACCAAAUGGGACGAUGCCUCUUGCAAUGCAAAAUAUCUUAAUGCCGUAUGUAAACUCGUAUCGAAAAAGGGCUCGACGGCUCUUGCAAUAAUUUCGUCGACCUUAAAAACACCAAGUUGUCCAUCGGAUUGGCACUACGAGGCUGGGCUCAAAAACUGUUAUAAGGUGAUUACAAGAAGCGGUGGAAUCAAUUUUGAUCAAGCCAAUAUUGAUUGCAAAGCUUUGGGAGGAGAGCUGGCUUCGAUUCAUUCUGCUGAGGAGAACCGACUGAUUAAUUCGCUCACAACAACGGGAAAAAACCUAACAGCAGGUGCGAUGACAUUGAUCGGCGGACAGAGGACUGGUCCAAAUCCGGGGGAUUGGCGAUGGGUGGACAACAGCGCUUGGGAUUACACUUCUUGGAUCAGCAUCGGUCCAAACAACUAUGCAGGCGUUCAGAAUUGUAUUCAAGUGCUUAGCUCAAACAUUGUGAAUCCACCAGCUUGGUACGAGGUCGGGAAUUGGGAUGACCUUGAGUGUAGCUAUUUGUACUUGAACGCUGUGUGCAAGCGGAUCGCAUUU